AUGGAUAGUGAUACUCUCAAUGCAACAAGAGGACUUGUACAAGCUAUUCUGACAUUAACUACUGAACAGCGUCUAUCGCCUAGUGUACAAUCUUUAUGUCAAUAUAUUUAUUGUAAGUUUUCAAUAAAUGAUCAAGAAGACAAUAAUGGAACAUGUAAUGUCAUAGCGGCAAGAUCAUCUUUAACAGAGGAAGUUCGACAACAAAAGCAUUUACAUUUUAUUUUAUUUGUGAAAUAUAUAAAACUCUAUAUUUAUCCAUUACUUAUUUUCAUGGGUAUAUUUGGAAAUAGUUUAUCAUGUUUUAUUAUGUUCCUUAAUGUUCGUCGUAAUGGAUAUUCAGCAAAUCUCUAUUUAGCCUUAUUAGCAUUUGUUGAUUGUUUAUUUUUGUUAGGUAGUGCAUUACCUGAUUGGAUAUCUCAUGUACACGGUGAACUAGAUAUAAAACUUUUAUCAGAUUUAUGUUGUCGUUUCGUUUAUUGGUUUGGAAAUUUUAUAACCCAUUUAUCAGCUGGGCUUGUCGUUAGUAUUACUGUUGAGCGUUUUAUUGCAAUACAAUAUCCAUUGAUUGCUCAUAAGAUUAAUACUGUUAAACAUACACAUAUUGUAUUAAUUAUUUUAAUAACUUUCUUCUUUUUAUUGGAUAGUCGAGUUUUUAUUCUUGUUAAACAUUUAAAUGAUAGCAUACAUAUUGUAUUAACUUGUUAUAAUGAUACAUAUAUUACAUAUGAAAGACGAGAUAUUUUACGAUGUAGUGUAGAAAGUGAAGAUAACAGACAAAUAUGGGUUUUUAUUGAUUUUGCUGUUUAUACUAUAAUACCUUUUUCAAUUAUAAUUACACUUAAUUCUUUAAUUAUACAUCGUUUAAUUGGUGCACAACGUUUAAGACAACGUAUGUUUCAUCCGAAAAGUAAAUCAGCAAAAUAUGAAGAACAAAGUUCAAAUCGAAAUAUAUCUGUCAGUGAUCAAAUAGUAACUGAAAAAAAUCGACAACUAAGACGUUCUCGAUCAGUUCCAGCAGCAAUAUUACCACCAAUUAUGUUUCGUCUGCAAAAAAAUCAACAUUGUUUACGUUCUACUAUGAAACAAUCAAGUAUAUCAAUUGAAUCAUCAUUAGAAACUAAAAUUCGUUCUCAUUAUCAAUAUGAAACUUCUCUUAUACGUCAAACAACAAAUAUAAAUAAUAUGCGUUUAACGAUAUUAUUACUAUUUGUUUCUUGUUCAUUUUUAAUUUUAACUUUACCAGCUGUUGUUGUCAAUUUAAUAAUGACAACAAAAGUAAAACCAAAAUUAUCAACAUUUAAAAAUAAUUUCAGUUUAACUGAUGAUAAUUCAAAUUCGGAUACAAGUUCUUAUUAUACAAUAGCACGUUUAUUAAUGAUUGUAAAUCAUUCAAUAAAUUUUAUACUUUAUUUUGUUGUUGGUAAACGUUUUCGUCGUGAUUUAAGAAAUCUUUGUGUUAGUUAUUGGCGAAGAUAA